AAAGAAAUAAGUCAUCGAAUUUGACUUUCCGUUCAAAUCCAUUCCUAACCCAACCCAAAACGGACCAAAAUCGUCCGAUUAGGGCAAUCAGACGAAGACAAAGGGGAGGUUUUGUUCCAGUUUUUCAACAUACAUACAUACAUAUAUAUAAAUAUAUAGAGAGAAAGAGAGUGAGCAAUGGCUGACAGCCUAUUUCAAGGUCUACCACCCCCUUCUGCACCUCCUCCUCCUCCUGCUCAAGAACAACAGCAUCAAAAAUAUGCGAAUGAUACUAUCGCCAAAGACUCUUCAGCAAAUCCACCGAUUCCUGUUCUCAAGAGUGCCCUCAAACGUUCCAAGCCUCCUCAAUCACAGCCUGAAGCUACUGCUCCUGAAAAGCGCUUGAGGUUUAAGACGACAACUGAUGCCUCUGUAACACAAAUUAUAGAGGCCAUGCAAAAGAUAUUGUCACAUAUAAAAAAUCCCAAAAAGUUCAGUAAGGCUUCAAAGCUUGCCAUACAGCUGAUACAGGCUGGUAGCGUCAAAACUGAGACCAGCGAUCACUUUUUUGCCAUGCUUGAAGCUGCAAUGUCAUCACCCACCUCUUGCAAUGAUCCUUCAGUACGAGCUGACUAUCAUGCACUGUUCUCGGCGGCACAAGAUACAGUUGAAUGCCUUAAUAAGAAGCAAAGAAAUCAAUUAACUUCAUGGACAAUCAGGGCUGUGGUGGCAAAUGAUCUUUUCACUGAUGACAGCUUUGUGUUUUCCAAAGCAUCUGGACGAAUAAAAGAAGCCAUAUCAAAUCUUCCUGUUGCAACUGAGGAUGAUGACACAGAAGAAGCUGCAGCCCUGAAAGAAAUUGAAGUGGCAACUGCUGACAGUCAGAUAAAGCAGGAUAUGUCUUUGGUUGCUUCAUGCGAGGGAAAUAACAAGGAGUUAGAUCCAUUUGGGCUUAAUGCUCUGAUUCCAAGCACAUUGAGGAAAGAUGAAAGAACAAAGGGAAAGAAAGAGGCGGCAGCUAAAAUUAGGAAGGAGGAAGAGGAAGAGACCAAAAGAUUUCUCAAGUCACAAAGAGAAGCACUGGUUCUUUGUUUGGAGAUUGCUGCACAGCGUUACAAAAUCCCAUGGUGCCAAACAGUGAUAGACAUCUUAGUAAAGCAUGCCUUUGAUGACAUUUCAAGGUUCACCUCUAAGCAAAGGGAUGCUAUCACGAAACUUUGGGCUUCUAUACGUGAACAACAAAGUCGUAGGAAGCAAGGGAAAUCAGUUUCCGGGAAACUCGAUGUGAAUGGUUUUGAGUGGCUCCAGCAAAAAUAUGCAAAUGAGAAGAUCAGCAUUCGGCAUUCUGUUAGUGGUGGUGGGGAACGUCGUGCCCAGCAGUGGCUUGGUUAAUAUAGUUCCUUCUCUUUGUAUACAUCACAGCACAGUGAUUAAUUGGAAUUGUCCAUUUAAUUGUAAAUGACUAAAAUGGUUUAUUCACCAUAACUUAUCUUGGUUACUAUACAUUCUGCAAUUAUGGUUUAUUUGGCAAAAAGUUUAUAGA